ACGGGUCUCACGGAGAGCAGACUGCUGCAACCAGAGGAAGCGCUUUAACUAUUCUGCCCGUAGUGGAGGACUUUCAGUAGCUCGACAGACUCUGAUGAUGAUCAAAGUUUGAUCGGAGUCACAACAGUCUCCAUCUGAUGCAGUGUACGCGCAGGUGAUGGUGUGACGACUCGGUAAAGGGAGAUUCAUGCACAAAAAUGCGGAUUUUUCUCCCUUUGCUGUCUGUUCUUUGCGCCACGCAGGUCCACAGCAUUUUCCACGCAACCUGUCCCAGAAAGGACCCUCCCCCCGGUGUGUUGGUUUUAUCCCCAGGCAAUAAGCUGGUUCUGACCUGCAAAGGCCAUGUAACGGUGGAUGGACUAAAGGUCAACAUUGACGGAAACAGCUCAAACACCAACAGAGGACUGACUUCAACAGUUGCACCCACAACCAUUGGGAAUAUUGUAAACACUGGACAUACUAUGGACAGUACUGUAAGUGAGACGUACCACUCAGAGUCAGAGGUCAGUACUGUGCAUCGCUGGAAGUGGAACGGGUGGACAGUGGGGAACGGAAAGAGAGACUGGGGUGAAAUCGCAUUUGAGAAUAGAGGGGCUACACUGUCUCUGUUCUCAGUAAGAGUGACAGACUCUGGGAAGUACACUUGUCAUCACAGAGGCAGAGAGAGGUUCUCCCUAAAAGUUAUUGUUGCAGAUCCUCCUGAGACUCCCAGCCUGUCCUGCUACAAAAGGUCACCCAACAGUAAGAUUCGCUGUGAGUGGGCACCUCAGAAGCCUGUAACUAAACAGGUGAACUGUUACCUUGUACUAAAUAAAAGACCAGCAGACACAUUUCAUCAUCACCAGUGCUCAUACUCAUCUCGGCUCUCCCGCUACUGGUGCGCUCUGGACCACAAUGAGGACGAGCUGAGAACAUCUCACACGGCCUACCUGUGUGUUACGAGUGUCACGGGCAAUGCCACCAGCACCUGGAUCUCCUUCAAACCAAUGGACAUUAUAAAACCGGAUCCUCCAUCAGAUGUGAAAGUCACACAGGAGGAGGGACAUGAGACAUGGAUAAAGGUCACCUGGAAUUUUCCAACCUCCUGGAAAUAUGAAGACAGAUAUUACAAACUAAUCUAUGAGGUCAAAUACAGACCUCUCAAGUCUUCAUAUGUCCAGGUACAGGGUAUAAACACAAAACGCUCCCUCAUUAUCAGGGAUAUAAUGCCUGGUGUUGAGUACCUGAUACAGCUCAGAACUAAGGAGGAAUAUGACGGUCGGUGGAGUGACUGGAGUACACCUGUCAAUGGCAGCAGCUGGACAGCUCAAAGUGAAGAUCUGACAGCCACUUCAGAUCCUGUCCCAGGAUCCUCAGAGGAAGGAUCUACUACAGAUGAAGACCUGACUGAUGCAGUUGUGGCUGUUGAACCAGUGGACGGAGACGGGAAGGUGUCGCACCACCAUCUAUGGAUCUCUGGUUCAUUUGUCCUCUUGUUAGUCAUUUUAGCUGCCUACAUAUUCAGACACAAGGACAGAUUUAUGUCUAAACUCCACAGCAUGAGUGUCAUCAUCCAGCCUAGUGACUCGACUCAGCUCCCACCCUCCGCCCCAGCAGCCCCAGAAGGACAGGCCCUGGUGACCUUUACACCUCCACGUUACAAAGAACCACCACCGAGCAAAGCAGAAGAAGAAGGGGAAGAAGAAAAUGAGGAAGAACAGAGGGUGAAGGAGAGGAUAGAACCCAUGCACUUCAACAACACAAGUUAUUUCUUGAUCCCAAGGGAGUAAUGGACACUCAAAAGUGCCAUGAAGCUAGCUCGAACAUUUUUUGUAUAGCUAUAUUGGUUUUUUUCACUUAAGAACUAGUGUCACAUAUUACAAAAGGAUAAUGGACUCAACAUUUUUAUAGUUUUGCUGUGAGCUCCUUUUGGAAGCAAACUCAGCAACAGCUUGUAAAGCCUCCUUCCCUAUUUCUCUAUCUCAUGCCUAAAAUACCUCUGAAGAUUCUUCGUUGCUGUAUUUGUCCUAAGAGCAGCAUACUCUGUUCUAUGCGUGUGCCAGUUUAAAAUGUGUUGACAAACUAUAGACUGGAUGUAUGUCUAAUUAAUGUAUAGGCUUGCAUCUACCUCAUGUUCUGCCUGAAAAUAAUUUUGCUAAGGUUUAUCAAAUAUAUCACUCACAUUCUG